AUGGUAAAUCUUGAUAAUGCCAAUACGCAGCUUGGGUUGGAUGUGUACUUUCCCGGGUGCGACACGUACUACCAACAGUCACGUCCCGCCUACCUUCCUUACAUGGAUGGGAGUUUAUAUAAACCCUGGCAGCCACGUCAUCCAUGGAUGCAGUCUGCGGAGCGUCAGCGACGCGACAACCCAUCGACCAUUGAGGAAGCCUGUGUCUACGGUAGUCUAGCUCACGUCAUCACAUUCUGGGCGCAAGGCCAUGAAGUAAAGGAUCGACGUGCUCUUUUUGAGGGAAAUGAUGCGACUCUGCUUAUGUGGUCCGCACUUCGUGGUCAUUUAGGCGUCGCCAAAUUUUUAGUUGAUCAGGGAGUGAAAGUCAAUGCGGCUAAUGGAUUGGGCCACACCGCACUACACUGGGCAGUGACAGGCGUUCAAUAUGAAAUGACGCGUUUCCUUCUGGAUCACGGCGCUGACCCUCGUCAAAAGGACCAUCAGGGCUACAGUGCGUAUUUUACAGCCGUACAGGCAAAUAACCUUCCGCUAUUAUUGAUGUUGUGCGAGCAACAUCCUAUUGACCCGCAAGAACGGGAUUUUGAAGGUCAUUCCCUGUUGCAUUGGGCAGCCUACACGAACUCUCUGGUUAUUUUUCAGUACCUUGUUGAAAAUUGCCACUUCGAUUUAGAUGUGCCCGACCUUAAUGGACGCACCCCGCUUCUCUGGGCUGCCCGCGAAGGAUACGCGGUGAUUUUGGAGUACCUUGUCUUACGGGGUGCUCGUACUGAUUUGGCGGAUAAGGACAACUACACGGCAUUGCAAUAUGCACGUUUUAGAAAUCACCGUGAGGCCGUGUAUGUGCUGACGAAAGCCCCCAUCUUCCAGCGUAAUGGCAGCACCUUCUCUGUCAAAAGUGACUUUUCGCCAAUGGAAAUUUCAGGAAGUGGGUACAUCAAUGUACGUCAAAUGCGCCGACGUGGUACGGUGAAAAUGAUGGUUCAGGAGCCAAUUUUCAUGGUUAUGUCACUCUUAGGCAUUUUUUAUGUGGCAUUCUCGUACCUGCUUUUAAAAUUUAUUCCCCCGUUGAUAAGUCACAUUGUAUUGGGUAUUUUUUUCUUUAGAAAUUCACUUUGGAUGUUAAUUCUUGGAUAUCCCGUCCAGGGAGGUAAACCAGAGCUUUCUUUCAUACAGAAAAUGGGUAUUGGGAACAGUUUUGGUGAAUCCGCGCGUGGCAUUUGGCUCUUCAGAAACCGUGAUGGAAGUUGUUUAUUUGCCAUAAUGUCCUUUUGGCUGCUGCAGCAAUACGCCUGGGCGAAGAUGGGUCUUGUGCCGAUCAUUACUUCUUAUCCUACCGAUGAGAUUGCACUAAAGGAUCAUCCUCUUGAAAGUGUUUACCAGCCCACUGGGAGUAUAUUUUGGGGCUUCUUUUUUAAUAAUAAGGCGGAAUUGGAAGGAUUUUUACUGUUGUUUUUGUUUUCCCUUAUGAUGUUGAGUUGCAUCAUGUGCAAAUUACUUUCUAUGCGUUCCACGUAUGAACCUUCCGAGUCGUCACUGAAGACUUCUCCUGUUUGGGCAAUUAUGAGGCAACGUGCAUACGGCUGGUUACAUCCUCGCAUCAUUUCUAUAGAAAAACACAUGUUGAUUCCUCUUCGUACCUUUUAUUGUUAUGAGCGCGAUGUUUUCUUUCGCCGCUUUGACGGGUACAGUAUUGCCCUGGAGUGUCCCAUCGCAGAGAGUAACCAUGGAUGGUUCUUUCUGUUUGUCACGAGCGCUGCGUGUUUUCAAUGGCUUAUAUUUUUUUGGGCCUGGGAACAAACGAGUGAGCGAUUACAAUGCCCCCGCUAUUCAUCUUUUUCCAGCCGGGUUGUUGGAUCACUGUGGAAUUUAAUUAUUCACGCAUUGCCUUGUCGUGAUGGAACGCGCCUCGGUGUGGCAGACUACGGCCCCUGGGUAUCGUGGCUGCAGUAUGUAUUACCAACGGAAGCGAAUUAUCUUGGCGUGUGGCUGCUUCAGUACGGCCUCGUGGCUUCCAUCAUGGCGACAUUUGUGGCCGUGCGGCAGUGGGUCGCCGCCGCUAACGGUGCCACAUGCUUAGAAUUAGCGAAUCCCACAGCAACAGGCAGUGAGGGCGGUCUUGUCAGCAUCUUCCCUCCGACCAUCUCCUUUAGUGCACCUUGGCUACCACCAGAAGGUAUUACAGAGGGUGUGACACUACCAGUAGACGAUGGGACAGUGUUACAUUCCAAAGCAAGGAAGAAAAAUUCUCGCUGCAUCUAUGCUGAUUAUGGGAAUGCCUUGUUGAACAUUUUUCUAUUUUGUCUUGGUCGUUCAGGGCGUCGUUGGCGUGGCGCAGUGGCUGUUUCUCCCGCAAAUGCACCAUUGUUCACCCUCUCGGCGCUGGGCGAUUCAUUUAGUGUGUAG